AUGCAUCAAAGUUGGGAAAGUUCAGCUUUAAAUUCAGUUGGAUCAACUGCUCUCAUGCCAAAUAAUUUCGAACAGCAUCAAAAAACAAUGUGGAUUAAUCAAACUUCUAAACAAAUUAAAACUGAAAAAAUGGAAUGUUGUCAAUACAUCCAACCGGCCUCAUCUCAAAAUUUAAGUCCAACUUUACCUCAAUCAACUCUUGAUCUAUUAGAACAAAUGCCGGCCUUUCGUAAGUUUGGCGCGUUCAAUCCGUUAACACCUCCAGGCUAUUCUGAAAAUAUGUUUGGCAACUUUAUAGAAAAUCCCAUAAAUUCGAAAGAAAAGACUCCGUCAAAAGCUCAGGAUCUAAGCAAAUCUAGAAGUUCUUCAUUAGAAAUUGAAAAUGCUUCAAUCACUCCACCGAUAGACGUCACACCUCCAAAGUCUCCGUCUCAAAUACAUCAAACACCUGAGAAAAGUGGAAAAAAUGUAACCAGAUUAGGAAGACGAUCAGAGAGUAUUGAAUCUUAUGAUGAUGAUAGUUUUUCUGAAGAUGAUGAAUCUUGUGAAGAUUUAACUAAUAAUAAGAAACGAAAAUCAGGCAACACAAAACCAAGGCAGUACAAAUGUAAACAAUGCAAGCAGCUAUUUUUUUCAAAACGAGAGUUUUGGGAUCAUACUCGAACACAUAUUAAGCCCGAGAAAAUGCUUCAAUGUCCGAAAUGUGCAUUUGUCACCGAAUACAAGCAUCACUUGGAAUAUCAUCUGAGAAAUCAUUCAAGAUUGAAACCAUUCGCGUGUCCUCAUUGUAAUUACAGCUGCGUCAACAAAUCAAUGUUAAAUUCACAUCUUAAAUCUCAUUCUACGGUUCUGCAAUAUCGUUGUCUCGACUGCAACUAUGCUACAAAGUAUUGUCAUUCUUUGAAAUUGCAUCUUAGAAAAUAUAGUCAUAAGCCUGACAUUGUUUUAAAUCUUGACGGCACACCGAAUCCUUUGCCUAUCAUUGAUGUGUACGGUACACGGCGUGGACCUAAAAGCAAAUCCACUACUUCAAAAUUGUUAGCGGAAAUCGAAAAAAACCAACAAGCACAACAUCAAGCUCAGAAAUCCCAACUUUCACCACCAUUAACACCGUCAUCGAGUUCCUUUCAAACAACUACAACGAAUUCAAUUACUAAGACACCCCCUUCUAGCAUGCUUCCAAAUGCUGCGAUGAUGGUCAACAUGCUGCAAAAUAAAUUACCGUUGUUUCCCUAUUUUAAUCUUAAUUUUCAAAUGUUUGCUGCACAGCAACAGAAUCAACUUCAACAGAAUGAAAAACUACAUCAUGACGAACACAAAGAUGAUGAAUUCUCUUCAGAAACCAAGCCAUCACCUAAAAAAUUAAAUGUUGAGAGAAAAGUAGGACGUAAGACAAAACGGAAGGGUAAGGCUUUCAAAUUUGACGAGAAAAUGAAUUCUCAUAUAGAUCUUCAAGACGAGAUGGAAGAUUACACUUACGACGAAAAUCUAUCAACAUCCAGGAUUGCUAAAUUGAACAACGAUAUUUCUGUUAAAACUGAUUCUCAAUUAAACUCGAUAGAUAUAACUUACGAUGAUAAAGAAUCAGAUUAUGAAUGUAAGUUUUGUGGAAUAAUUUUCAAAGAUAAUGUUUUAUUUUCACUUCACAGUGGCUAUCACUCUGUGGGUGAAGAUCCAUUCAAAUGUAAUAUGUGUGGAACUAAAACAGAUGAUAAAGUACAAUUUUUCUUGCACAUUGCAAAAUUUCCACAUUCAUAA